UGUUUUCGUCAUUUAGAAAAAAGUCUUCUUCUAGGAAAUUUUUUUGGCGAUGCUGGCUGGUUCAAUGAAAGUGCUCUAAUCUUAAAACACACAUAUAAAAUAAUAACUACAAAAUGGGUUUGUCAGGACCAAAAUUUACAACUUCUCAAAACCAUUGAAUGUCUUACCAAGUGGUUAAUGGUUGCAACAAAAUCUCAGAAAUUUAAUAAUGCUAAAGUAGUUUUACAACACUUGCUGUACACUAUCAAUAUCAUUGAACAAAUAGUUGCAAGAAAAUUUUGUUUAUCAUACUCGUAUGUAGCGGUUUCGCAAUACCAUCUAAUAUUAAUGGAAUUUGAUGAGGCUUGGUCGUGGGCAGUUAAAGCUGUCCUUGAACUUCAAGAAGAUAACCAAACAUUGAAAGUUAUGGUAUUAAGUCAUGCCGUUAAAGUUGCUUGUAUAAAAGACAAACUAUAUAUAGCAAAAUUGUUUGGAAAGCAAUUAAUUACUUACACACCCACAAACAUUCGUGAUAAUAUUCAUAUUGAUUUAUUACGGAAUGAAGGAUUUUACUAUAGUGUAAUAGAUUGCCCAAAUUAUGCCAAUAAACGUUAUUAUAAAGCACUAGACCUCACACGAAAUUUAUAUGGUUACUACAAUUUAAAUACUGCAUUGGUUCUUGUUGAUUAUGCAUUUGUCUGUUCAAAGUUUGAUAUAGUUGAUUAUUUAGAUAAAAACAAUGAAUCUAUGCGAUGCGUACUACAAGCUAUAUUCAUCAUGAAAACGGUUGGUGUACCAGAGGACAAUAUGUUGUUAAAGAAUGCUUAUAUGAUAAAAGCAAGAAUAUUAGGAGAAACAGCAAUUUACAUGAAUCUUAGUAAUGAUAUAGAUGGAUUACUGGCACAGCGGAAGCGCGUGUUAUUACAAGAAGCAUCAGCUUUUUACUCAGAUGGUUUAAAGAGUAUUAUACAAUCAGUUGGAGAAAACUCUUUACUUGCAGCAAAUGCAUACAUGUCUAUAGGAGUUCAUUUUAUGUUUCAUGAUAAAUUUUUUCUAUCCGAAGAAUUUAAUAAAAAAGCAAAUGCAAUCUAUAAAUCAAUUUUAGGAGAAAACCACUUUCGUUUUGCUGUAUCUUUAGAUUGUUUGAAUGAAAAUAUCAAUGAUACCCCAUACAUCCAAUUGAGAGACAAUUUAGAAAAUUUGAUUUAUAUUUAUACAACACUUGAAAAUGAAGAAAAGAUUUCUGAGUUUAGUGAUUAUUGUGAAAGGGUUAAUUCAUCAUUUGAAGAUUGGCUAGAUGUUUUUAAUUCUGAAUUAAUUAAUAUAGACUGUACAAAAGACAAUUUGAGUAUGGAAAAGUUUAAAUGCAUCUUGAAUGGUUGUAAUUGUGUCCAACAGUAA